CAAAAAUGUAUUCUAAAGUAAAGGAAACUGCAAGCUCAACCCUCCAAACUGCUAAAAAUCAGUUAGGUACUGUAUCAGAUGUGAUGCAAAGAGGCUCAUCUUUUGUUACAGAUAAAACUAUGUCUAUCAUAGGUUUAUCAAAUAUUUUUGAACACAGAUUCUCAUAUCCUGAGGAGCAAAAAGAGGCAAUCCGUGAGACAAUUAAGCCUGGCGAUAUCAUUCUAGCUAAGACACCAACCUUAUUUGAAACUCUAAGUAUGCAACAGACUACAAGCAAGGACUACAAUGAUAUCUAUGUUGUUGUUGGGAGUCAUUUGAAUUGUCUCCAAAUUACUUCCCCUGAAGCCAAACUAACCAAAGUUUGGAAUCUGAUAUAUCCAAUCAAAGAACCAAAGAUCAUUAGACCUAGAGUUUCUGAAGAAGUGAAGGACAAAUUUAUUCAAGAAUGCUACAAAAUUGUUGGAAAUCAGUUUGAAGAUCCUAGGCUAUCAAACAAAUUUUUGGAACAACAGAAUGAACACCAUCCAAAGCCAGAAUGCUAUCGUUCUCAUGCAAUCUUUGAGGCCUUUAGUGAAGCCCAUCCUGAAAUCUAUCAACAUAUGACUUGUGGAGUAGAUCUUGAUUUAUAUCAAACUGGAAUGCUUAGCAUUCAGGAUUUCAAUUAUAUGGCAGAUAUGAUCCCUGGUAAAUUCGAUGUAAUAUAUCCUCUCACUCAAUUCAAAGAGAAGCAAUUAAUUUCAACAGAUAUCACACCUGAAAUUAAACAAUCUGAAUCUUUCAUGCAAAGAUAUGGAAUAAAUAAAAUAGUUGAUUUCAUUACUUCCAUCACUAACAAUGGAAUAAUCAAUGAGAUUAUAUUGACUUCGAUUCCAUCACUGGUUAAACCAGCUAUCAAUUCAAUCUCAAAUCAAGCUCAGAAUGUUAAAAAGAUUCAUACAGAAAUUUCCAAUCACAAGGAUCAAAAUCUAAUGCUUCAUCAUAAUAAACCCUAUACUCUCAAACAAAUCCUAACAACACAAAUCCUCAAAACUACAAAUCUCCUCAAAAUCACCCCAAAUCCCUCUAACCUCCAUAAACUACAAAACUUAGUCCGGAUGCUGAUCAACUACCAAAGAGGGACUAAAUCUUCUAGACAACUGAAAGGUAUUUUCAGAAUAUUGGUCGCGUUCUUGCCACUAGGAGCAGGAUUUCAAGGGGUUGUGCUGAGACAGGUUUUGGUGAGAUUGGCUGGUAGUGAUUCUAUGCUUACUUCGGUGAAAAGAAUUCCGGAAUAUGCCUCUUCUUUGACAGGUAUAGUCACAAAGGGGGCUUAUAGCUCUUUAAAAUCUUUGAGAGCUAAAAUAUAA